CUUAAUACGUGCACAUUCCACGCACUGACGUAACACCGUGACUGCCGUAACGACGUGACUGCCACAGAUCACGACAUAUUAAAUCACACAUAUCAAACUCUUGGUUCUGAGGCGUCAGGAAUUCAGAAAUUAGGAAGUUGCCAUGAUGCUUCGAAUCGCUAUUUUGACGUUCCUGGUCGGCUUUGCUUGUGGUGCUGUCAGUGACACGAAACUUGCCAACAUCCUGUAUACAGCGAUUGAUGUCAACGAUGAUGGGUUGGUGACAUUGAGGGAAAUGACAGCGUACAGGAAAAAAUAUGACAGGAACGGUGAUGACGUGGUAACCAAGGGCGAGUUUACCUCCACGUGGGUCCAAACAUUUGGCGGCGAUCCGGGCACCCCCAACGCCAUGUAUGAUGUCCUGGACAGGAACAAGGACGGACAGUUCACGGCCGUAGACGUCAAGAUGCUGCAUGCGCAACUGGACAGUGACAAAAAUGGAGAGCUCAACGACAGAGAGUUCCUGUUGUCUCUUAAACAGACCCUGUACCAGCUCCCCUUCAUCACGAUGUUCAAGCGAGGCGAUCACGACAAAGACGGCUUCAUCACUCUCAUAGAAUUGGACAUCAUUUUUGGACAAUUUGACAUCAACAGCGACGGCACAAUCAGCGCCGAGGAGUUUCUGACCACGUGGACAUCCAGAGGAUACAGUGACAUGAAUACUGCCAAGCGCCUAUACGACGUUUUCGACCUCAACCAUGACGAUGUGCUUGGCAGGGAGAAUGACAUUGUUAAGAUCUUCAAAAACAUGGACUAUGACGGUGACAGUAAACUUAGUGAGACAGAAUUUGUAUCCGAGUGGAUGAACAUCAUGUCCCAGAUCUCUCGUGGUCCCCGAUAAGAAAAAAAUCGAUGUCACUGGUAGAUCACUGAGGACUUUGAAGAGCAAAGACAUCAGAGUUUGAUAGAAUCUGACUUUAUUGCACGAUGGCUUGACCUCCUUCGUUGUAUUUUUGUCACGGAUGUUUGGAAUGUUUUCAAUAACAAAUUUACCCAUUGAUU